AUGCGCUGGCGGCCCCCGCAGAGCAACGACGCGGCCAUCAGCUGCCGAACCCCGCUGCCGAAAUACACUCACGUGUCAGUUCGCAUGCAUCAUGCGGUGACGCCGCCACCUUCUGUGGCAGGCCCGCGCUGCAGAGGCGGCCGCAGGCCACGGGGUGGACCGCCGCCGCCGCCCCCGCUGUUUACUUUUGCGUGUGCUCCGGUGCCGUCGCGGCGCGGCGCGCCUGGGCGUCUUGCGACGGCGACAGCGACGCUGGCGUCACGGGAUGAGAAAGCCGUCGCUGCCAACAUAGCUCUCCAUAGCCGACAUAGUUCACGGAAGGAAAUACGAUCUAUGUUAAUCAGCGGCGUUGCGCCUCUUUUCAUCAACGAGAGCAUGGUGUGGUCCUUGGUGGUGCACAAGGCUUCCUGGACUGCACAGAGAUCACAUUUGGUUUCCUCGGGUGACGAGAGUCCAUUACAUUGCCGAAACUGGCGAAAUCUGUGGUGAAAUCGUGCAUAGGAACCAUAGGACCAGAGCGCCUCUACAGGAUAAUUGAAGAUGACAAUACGAACUACUGAGGCAGCGUCCCAACAAGAUGAAUUCAUCCCUCGCAUGCUGGUGGAACUGGCUCGUCAGCUAGAGGUUGAGAAGGCUGAAACACGGCGCAAAUAUGAUUCUAUGGAUAGGGGCGGAGCCGCCGAGGGUGUGAAGCAUUCAGACCAAGGCGCGGGUGAAGAAAAUGGUCUAUUGACAGACAGGCAACAUGGAUUUAGAGAGCAUCGUUCCUGUGAAACACAACUAGCUCUUUAUUCACAUGAAGUGUUGAGUGCUACUGACAGGGGAUUUCAAAUUGAUUUCGUAUUUCUAGGUUUCCGGAAGGCUUUUAACAGUGUACCACACAAGCGGCUCUAGUGAAAUUACGUGCUUAUGGAGUUUCGUCUCAGUUAUGUGACUGGAUUUGUGAUUUACUGUCAGAGAGGUCACAGUUCGCAGUAACUAACGGAUAGUCAUCGAGUAAAACAGAAGUGAUUUUUGGCGUUCCCCAAGGUAGUGUUAUAGGCCCUUUGCUGUUUCUUAUCUACAUAAACGAUUUUGGAGACAAUCUGAGCAGCCGUCUUCGGUUGUUUGCCGAUGAUGCUGUCGUUUAUCGACUAAAAAUGUCAUCAGAAGAUCGAAACAAAUUGAAAAACAAUUUAAAAAAGAUAUCUGGAUCGUGCGAAAAGGAAUUCGUUAAACUUCAUUUACACGAUAAAUCAGUCUAAUCUAAAAGCCGAAAAUUCAACUAAAUACCUAGGUAUUACACUUACGAACCACUUAAAUUGGAAGGAAAACAUAUAAAAUGUUGUGAGGAAGGCUAACCAAAGACUGCGUUUUAUUGGCAGGACACUUGGAAAAUGUAACAGAUCUACUAAGGAGACUGUCUACACUACGCUUGUCCGUCCUCUUUUAGAAUACUGCUGCGCGGUGUGGGAUCCUUACCAGAUAGAACUGGCUGAGUACAUCGAAAAAGUUCAAAGAAAGGCAGCACGUUUUGUAUUAUCGCGAAAUAUGGAAGAGUGUGUCACAGAAAUGAUACAGAAUUUGGACUGGACAUCUUUAAAACAAAGGCGUUUUCCGUUGCGACGGAAUCUUCUCACGAAAUUCGUCACCAACCUUCUUCUCCGAAUGCGAAAAUAUUUUGUUGACACCGACCUGCAUACGGAGGAACGAUCACCACGAUAAAAUGAGGGAAAUAAGAGCUCGUACAGAAAGAUAUAGGUGUUCAUUCUUUCCACGCGCUAUACGAGAUUGGAAUAAUAGAGCAUUGUGAAGGUGGUUCGAUGAGCCCUCUGCCGGGCACCCGAAUGUGAUAUGCAGGGUAUCCAUGUAGAUGUGAAAUCGCUAAUUGGACUCAUGUGAUGGCGGCCGCUGCGGAGGCAGAAUCCGAAAGGUGCAGCCAUCUGACCCUUUCAGAUGAGGCGGAGGAGAUACCAGAGGGGGUGGGAGACCUGAGUGAAUGUGCUGUUGAGUUGCUCAAGAAAUGUAGCCAGAGUGGAGAAGCGAUAUCACACCAACUACAGCGGAUAUCUAGACCAAUGGUUGCGGGGACGGGAAUUGGUCACACUCUGUAGAGACGCGCAGCGCCUUGUAUAGCACCGCUCACAGUUGCGUGAGAGGCGGCAGCUGCCCCUACAGCGCACCAGCGCAUACCCUAUGGCGUCCGUGGACAACUCAGCCGACAGGAGGUGGUCAUCUGUCUUCCACCUAUCAGAAUCCAUUCCAUAUAAUCCAGGAUCAUUCUUCAUGGGUUCAGAGGGAUGGCAUGUGGAACACCAUCCUGGAUAUCUACAAAGAUGAUGACAGAGCUCUUCAAACCUUGCGCCGUGUUCUCAAGUUUGACCCG